AAAUUUAUUCUGCUUGUGGUGCCGUUCGUUGCGAAAUAAAAGCAUGGAUCUGGACGGUAACAACGAUUUUGAAGAAAUAAACGCCGAGUAUAUCGAGAGCGAAUACGAUACUGACAAAGAUGAAGAUAAAUCUCGCUGGGGAGCAAGUGAAACAAGCGGAGAUGAAAUAUUCGUCAGAGUUUUGAAACUUUAUGGAAAGGUUCUUUUGGAGAAAAGUCAAGUUCCUGAAGUGAAACGUAAAAAGAAAACUGCGCUAAAAGUGGUAGAAGAACAGCUUCUGAUUCAGUACGGGAUUUCGAUGUCUGGAAAACAGAUAAGCAAGAAAGUGCAAAAUUUGAAGGCGAGAAUCAAAGAAAAGACGGAUACCAAAGCGACUGGAAACAAAAAAAUCACAUUAAAAAGUCACGAAACAGAUUUUUUUAACAUUAUGGGUGGAAUAGAAAAUCCCAGCGUGUCCAAAAGAUGUUAUGGCGUUUCAUUUGGGUCGACAACUUCACUUGCUGGUCCGUCAAUUUCUGAAGAUUCUACAUUAUAUGAUGUCGAAAACAUGGAUGAAACGGAUCCAAUUCCAAGUACUGAGGAACAUUUGAACGAUACUCUGUCGACGAAGAUCAGAACUAACGUUACACAGCGAGCUAUAUUGGAGCAACAACUGAAACUGAUAAAGGCACAGCAAGAUUAUACAGCUCAACUAAAAGUCCAACAGGAUGAGAGACAUAAAAAAGAAAUGGAGCUGCUGGCACUGAAAAAAGAAGUAGCUCUACUUCAAUUUAAAAUGUUGAGAAACAAUAAUUAUGUGGAAUUGAGUAAUGAAUAAGUAAAUAAGUGCGUAUGUGUGUGCGUGUGUGUGGACGAGUAAUGUAAACGGAUAUUUAAAAAAAUGAGAAUACACAUUACACUUGUUACGAAUAUCAAAAAUACAUGUUUAUAUUAUAAAAACGAACGUAGUUAAUACUAUGUUAUUCAAUACUUAAGGUAUUCAUAUAUUCUUAAAGAAAAACUGAAAAUAUUUUAAUUGCAUAGUCUUCUGAUGAAACAUCGAUAGAAAUUUAAAGUUUCAAUGAUUUUACAUGGUUUCCAAUUGUAAUCGAGUUACAUUCCACAGUUAUUACCGGUUUUUGUUUCUUACGCUCUAAUUUCUGGCUAAUAGAAACGAAGCUAUAGCAUCACGACGUUGUUUCCCACGUUGCAGUACUGUGUUUGCAGCCGUGUCAGAAAUUUCGAACAAACUUUGAUUUAUUUCGCAAUUGGUCGAAUCUGAAUAUGGUUCGAAGUCAGUAUCAUUAACAUAUUUUGCAACAUUAUGCAAAACGAAGCAAGCUGCAAUCAUUCUUGGAAUACGCUCAGUGCUCACGCGUACCUUAGAUUGCAGAAUAGGGAAUCUUUGUUUUAUUUGACCAAAACAUCUUUCAAUAAUAACUCUUUCUUGAGUAUGUAUCUUAUUGUACUGUUUUUGGCCAGCAGUUACUGGGUUUCGAUACGGGGUCAUCGUCCACGGUGCUAAAGGGUAUGCUUCAUCAGCCAACAGUAGAGCACCGGAUCCGUUUUGCUGCAUAAUUUUCAAUAUUUCGGAGUUCCGCCAUAUACGAGCGUCAUGAACGGAACCAGCCCAUUUACAGUCAAUGCUUGUAAAAAUCUCUUUGGCAUUGCAAGUCGCUUGUACGUUGAAAGAAUGGAGCCCCUUUCUAUUAAUGAACUCAUCCUUGUAGAUAUUGGGUCUUUUUAUCAGGAUAUGGGUACAAUCUAUAGCCCCGAUUGCACCGGGCAUUCGAUGUUUGGACAACCAGACUUUCUUUUCAUGUUCCAGUUCUUGUGUCGUCUGUGGAAAACGAAUCCAAUCGUUGGCUUUGAUAACAAUUGCCUUGCACACAGCCCAUAUAGUUUUGCAUACCGUUGUUUGGUGGAUACCCAGAUCCUCUCCAACUCCAACCUGAAACAUAUUUGGGUUUUAAAGAUUAAUGACAAUAAUUAAUAUCUUAUCUAUUAUUUAUAAUUAGAUUACCUGAAAUCCGGGGUCUCCCAAGUAACGCAAGAAACAUUUCAUUCGCUGGAUGUCCCCGAGAGCUCCACCUCUAGUUUCAUUGUCGUUUCCUAAAAAAAAUUGUGCUAAAUGAUCAACGUUUUCGCGGGAGAAUCUGUAUAGUUGCUUGAAAUUGUCAUCGUCACCUAUGCGUAUCCCUUUGUAUAUUUUUGUUGCGCGAUUUCUCGUAUAAAUACCAUCAACAUCGACAACUGGUUGAAAUGGUAGAUUAAAAAAAUCCCCAGAGUACAUAUUGAUGUAUGCCUUAUAAACUUAAAUUUUACGUAAUUCUCCAAACGAUCCCUUGCGAAGUGCGGUCUGAGUCUGCUUAGAGGCACACUCAAAGUUUUCGGAGUGUUUACUUGACUGUUACGGUUUUAUUCAUACGAAUUGUGAUGUUCGAAAAGUAAACACUCAAUUCUCGUUUUUUUA